GCCUGCGUCCCAGUCUUGCCCUGGUUUCCUGGUGAUAGGGCUUGUCCCGAAACUGCUGAGCCCAGGUGUCAUUGCAUUUUGAUCUUGAUAUUUGGAAUCACAUUGCAAAGGGAACUCAUUGUGGGGAUGUACCCAAGUUUUGCCAUGUUGCAGGUAGCUUUGCCAAGGUUGUGUUUUGGAUGGAACUGCCUGGGUGAUAAAGAACAUUUGGGCCCAUCUAACGUUGCAAACGAGUCAAAAUCAGGACUAUCCAGGGGGAAAGCAGAUGUUGUAACUCUAUCCUCUCUCUCAGUCCCAAGGACUGUCUACUGCUCCUAGGUUCAGCACCUCAAGACAAACACUAAUGUGGAUUCCAGACUCCUUUUUUUCCAGUUUACUGAGUGGAAGAAUUUCAACACUUAAAGAUGAAACUGGUGCUAUAUUUAUUGAUAGAGAUCCAGCGGCAUUUGCACCCAUUUUAAAUUUUCUUCGUACAAAGGAGCUAGACUUACGGGGAGUGAGUAUUAAUGUUCUCAGGCAUGAAGCUGAAUUUUAUGGAAUCACUCCUUUAGUAAGAAGACUACUCUUAUGUGAAGAGCUGGAACGCUCAUCAUGUGGCAGUGUCCUUUUUCACGGCUAUCUGCCUCCACCAGGCAUUCCCUGUCGUAAAAUAAACACUACUGCUGGGCCAUGUAUUGACGUUAGAACAGGUCAGAACUACUCUGAAGGUGAAGUUCGAGGAGGUAGUGUCCAACCUACACUUGCUGGUACUGGGGAAGGCACAGUCAGGCUAGGAUUUCCUGUGGAUCCACGAAAGGUUCUGAUAGUAGCUGGCCACCAUAACUGGAUUGUAGCUGCAUAUGCCCAUUUUGCUGUUUGCUAUAGAAUCAAAGAAUCUUCAGGAUGGCAACAGGUUUUCACAAGUCCAUAUCUGGAUUGGACUAUCGAACGAGUGGCUCUGAAUGCCAAGGUCGUUGGAGGUCCACACGGGGACAAAGAUAAGAUGGUUGCUGUUGCCUCUGAGAGUAGCAUCAUCCUGUGGAGCGUUCAGGAUGGUGGUAGCGGUAGUGAAAUUGGAGUGUUCAGUCUUGGAGUCCCUGUAGAUGCCCUCUUCUUCAUUGGCAACCAGCUGGUGGCUACUAGUCAUACUGGGAAGGUGGGAGUGUGGAAUGCUGUGACUCAGCACUGGCAGGUUCAGGAUGUUGUCCCUAUCACCAGCUAUGAUACUGCUGGAUCUUUCCUACUCCUGGGCUGUAACAAUGGCUCUAUAUAUUACAUCGAUAUGCAGAAGUUUCCCUUGCGAAUGAAGGAUAAUGAUCUUCUGGUGACAGAACUUUAUCAUGAUCCCUCCAAUGAUGCCAUUACAGCACUCAGUGUCUACCUCACACCCAAGACAAGUGUAAGUGGUAAUUGGAUUGAGAUUGCAUAUGGCACCAGCUCCGGAGCAGUAAGAGUGAUUGUACAGCACCCUGAAACAGUUGGGUCAGGCCCUCAACUUUUUCAGACCUUUACAGUUCAUCGAAGUCCUGUUACAAAGAUCAUGCUGUCUGAGAAACACCUUGUGUCAGUUUGUGCCGACAACAACCACGUUCGGACAUGGACAGUGACUCGAUUCAGAGGAAUGAUUUCCACACAGCCAGGGUCUACUCCCUUAGCUUCAUUCAAAAUCUUGUCCUUGGAGGAAACAGAGAGCCAUGGUAGUUACUCUUCUGGAAAUGACAUAGGACCAUUUGGAGAGCGUGAUGAUCAACAAGUGUUCAUCCAAAAAGUUGUUCCCGUCACUAAUAAACUCUUUGUCAGGUUGUCUUCUACUGGGAAAAGAAUAUGCGAGAUCCAGGCCGUCGACUGUACUACAAUUUCUUCGUUUACUGUACGAGAAUGUGAAGGAUCCAGUAGGAUGGGCUCAAGACCACGACGUUACCUCUUUACAGGUCAUUCAAAUGGCAGUAUUCAGAUGUGGGAUUUGACCACAGCGAUGGACAUGGUUAAUAAAAGUGAAGAGAAGGAUGUAGGGGGUCCGACAGAAGAAGAGCUGCUUAAGUUGCUUGAUCAGUGUGAUCUGAGCACCUCACGCUGCGCGACUCCUAACAUCAGUCCAGCAACUUCAGUAGUUCAGCAAAGCCGUCUGCGGGACUCAAGCUCUAGCCUCCAGUUACAGCACCAUGAAACCAUCCAUGAAGCUGCUACGUAUGGCUCAGUAAGGCCAUAUAGAGAGAGUCCUUUAUUAGCCAGGGCAAGACGGACUGAGAGCUUUCACAGUUACAAGGACUUUCAGACUUUUAAUAUGAACAAUAAUAUGGUGGACAAGGCUGUCCCUGAGACUGGCAAUCUGAGUCCAGUACAAGCUGAAAUGAAGAAGGCAGCAGGUGAGAGCAACCCAACAGACAAAAAGGCAACAGUACUUGAAGUAAGAGCUACUAGAAUAUCAUCAGAUGCUGGGGCAGAGGUUCCGAAAGUGCCCGAAAGCUCUUCAGAAGUGAAGAAAAGAGGGCCAGAUGAUGAAAGUGAGAACAAAGUAGAGAAUAAAAAGAAAAGUGGGUUUGAUGGAGGUGUGUUCCUGGGAAGAAAGAAGGUACCUCCUCUGGUGUCUUCACCAAUUAUUGUGGAAGGAGGGCCUGAAUCCCCCGGUACAGCGUCCCCAUCACCCACAAAGACUACCACUUCUCCACGCCACAAGAAGAGUGACUCUGCCGGCCAAGAUUACAGCUUGUGAAAAUGCUAAACGUGAUGUACAUUUGUUUUCAAGGGUUCAGAUGAAAGUUUAACACUUAACUGGAUGUAACUUUUACACUACAGAUUUAUCCUUUAAAAAGGCUUCAUUUGAGUGUCUCUAACUGAAAGAGUUAAAACUGUAAUAAGUUUUCAUAGUGCAUCUCAGCAACUUGGGUUUACAGCACAACCAGCAAAUAUACUCUAAAUUGAUGUACUUCGUUUUCAUAUUGUAUAAAGCCAAACAAUACUUGGUACAAAACACUGAUGUAAAAUCCUGUUUUAUGCAGUCCAGCAUGCACUACAGUAUUUAUCUUAGGAAGAGUUUUAUAGGUAACUUUCUAAGUCCCAUUACUGGACCUUACCUUUGCACUCACCAAAAUAUUAAAUGUCUGUCACCUGCUUACUGGCCCUUAAAGUUACCAUGAAUAUUAUUUGCAGUUCCUUGGGUCACCUAUCGUGCCCUUUCACCUCCUUCAAGUUAAUAGAAAAUUAGCUGGGUGCUAAAAGCUAUCUCAUCACUUAGAAAAGCUUCUCUUGCUGAAGUCUGCCUUGUUUGUAGAGCAACGAUGUUGUUUUUCAGUAUUGAUAAAUUUGACAUUUAUGUGCUGCCAUUCUUUUGUUUAUGAAACACAUUCAGAAAGUCUUUAUGCUUACAGAUGCUCUAAAACAUUAUUUUCCAUAUCUUGGUCCUAAUAUUAAAAUGCAAAGGAAUGUUA